UUGGUCUUGUGACCAGCACGAGAACGGGUUUUGACAACAAAAACCGAAAAACGCCGCAAAUAGUUGCAUAAUCUACCCUGCUAUCGAUACGGCAGUUCUUCUAGUAAGUAUGAAGUCUCUUUUGGUGUGUUUAACCUUGUUGGGAAUUACAUGUGCUUUCAGAUUUCCCACUCGCAAAGACGGCAAAGGUUGUUAUCAGCCAAGUUUUGACAAAGGCAUCAAGGAAGUUGUGAAAACUCCACGGCCCCAUGAGUACUUGAGUACAGGAUCAAUUCCCAAACAGUGGGAUUGGAGAGAUGUUCCUGGAAAAGGUAACUUUGCCAGUGUUACACGUAAUCAACACAUCCCUCAGUACUGUGGCUCCUGUUGGGCUCAGGGAACAACUAGUGCAAUGUCAGAUAGAAUCAACAUCAUGCGCAAGGGGAAAUGGCCUAGCAACCUCCUGUCAGUUCAGAAUGUCCUGGACUGUGGCAAUGCUGGCACAUGUCAUGGUGGUGGUAUGAUUGGUGUGUAUCAUUACGCUCAUGAAAAGGGAAUACCUAGUGAAACAUGCAACAAUUAUCAAGCCAAGGACCAGAGUUGUACAGAUUUCAACCAGUGUGGUACCUGCACCACAUUUGGUGAAUGUCAUGUCAUUAAGAACUACACUUCAUGGAAAGUCAGUGAAUUUGGGAGAGUGAAAGGACGUGAAAAGAUGAUGGCUGAAAUUUAUGCCAGAGGUCCUAUUGCCUGUGGUAUCAUGGCCACUCCAAGCUUGGAAAAGUACCAAGGAGGAAUCUAUGCUGAAUACAACCCAAGACCAGGGAUAAACCACAUUAUAUCAGUUGCUGGUUGGGGUGUGGAAAAUGGCACAGAAUACUGGAUUGUGCGAAACUCCUGGGGUACUCCGUGGGGAGAGGAGGGCUGGUUGAGAAUUGUAACAUCAGCAUACAAAGGUGGAAAAGGUGGAGACUACAAUCUGGCCAUUGAGGAAGAUUGUGCAUUUGCUGUUCCCAUUGUUGAAAAAUAGGGCUUAUCACCAGAUAUGACCAUUCUCCCAACAUUUAAGUGGAGUGAUUUUUGGAAUAAAAUUAAUUGUUUGAUAAAAGUUA